AUGGCUUUCAAACACUGGAUGAAGUUCUUUGAAGAUACAUUUAUAAAAUUCAAAGAUGCUGCUAGUAAUGGCUUUAACCACCUGAAGACAAUUGUUGAUGCCGAAAAGUUGAAAGUACAGAAUUUAUCAUUCCCUACUACCAAAGAAAAAGUCAAUUAUAAAGUGGACACAUAUUCCAAAACCUUGUUUCCACCCGAUGAAGACAAACAAUAUGUCCCCGUGUGUGUUUAUGGUGAUGGUAAUUGUGCAUACAGAUCAAUGUCAUUACAUGUAUUUGGAACUGAAAAAUAUUUCACAGAGAUGCGUGUAAGAGCUAUUAUCGAACUAGCACUGCAAAAGGAUUUUUAUCUAAAUGAAGCAAUGGAUGACCAUAAAGGGAGAAAAUUUUCAAGAAGACUAUCACAGACGACAUCAAGUGGUAGCAUUCACUGUUUAAAUGAUGCUUUUGAGAACGAAGUCUUGCAAACAUGUCAGAAAAAUUCUUGGGCAGGAAUAUGGCAAAUAAGUGCAUUUGCUAGUAUAUCAGGACAUCCUGUUAAGUCAAUUUACCCUGAACAUAACAGGAUAUUAAGAGCUGAUCUCCAUCACAUGUUUAAUCCAAGACCAAAUGCAUUUAAAGGUGAUGAAAUUUACAGGACUAUGUGGACUAGAACACAACCAAGCCGAGAGUCAUGGUGGACACCAAAUCACUUUGUUCCUUGUAUCAACCUACUAUGUCUGCAAGCUCCAUGUGAACAAAGCAAUUUACAGUGGACUGUAUCCAAAAAAGAGGGGUUUAACGGAAAUGACAUUCCCCAGAGAAAUGCGUUAACCCUAUCAGAUUUCCUAACUUCAUGCAGACCUAAAAACAAGAAAGGAAAGUUCAUUCAAAAAAGAAAUACAGACCAUGAUAAUAAGAUGAAAAAACAGUCCCCGCAGAAAUGUCAAUCUAAAUUGAAGAAUGAAUCAUCCGAGCUAGAAGUAAACGUAACUGAAAUCAAACUACAAGGUCAAGAACAUCAGAAAAUGACUAACACUAUAGAUGGCAGCCUACUUGAUGAAACUCAGGACAAAUCAUGUACAUUUGACCAAAAAAAAUAUACAGAGAGUUUACAGUUUGAUUAUGAUGGACAUCUAAAUAAAAAAACAGAUAUAAACACUAACAGCCUGCUUUUUGCUAAUGGAAUAUCAUCUACCUACUACAAAGAAGCAACCCCGGAUGUAAAAGUGGAACAGAACAUGCAACAUCGCAUUGUUAUAAAAUGUGAGGACCCUCUACAAAGGAAAGACAAUUUUGUAACAAAAAAUCAGAAGUCAUCAAGUGAAAUAACUAAAGAAAGUGAAACGAAAUUAGAUAAUAAUGGUACAUGCAUUGAUGUAUAUUAUUUUCAUAAUUAUGCACAAAUAGAAACAAGGAAAAUAGAUUGUUACAUCAAUUCAGAAAAAAACAGAGAACAACAAAAUGAUCAUGAUGAUGGAGUCGAUGACACAGAAGAGGAGAAAACACCUCAACACAUGAAAAACACACCUUUAAAAAAGUCAAUAUCAAUUUACAAUACAGUGGAUGAUAUUUCUGUAGCUCAAGAAAUUGAGGUGUCAACAACCCUCCAUGAAUCUCAUAAUAUACAUAAGGAAAAAUAUGCAGCACCUAACAGCAGCAAGAAAACAGUUGCCAAAACAUCAGUAAAACUAAAAGAACAAACAGAUUCAAUAUGCUCGAACAAUCUCAUAGUUCGUGCAGCAAAACGGAGAAAUAGAAAUGAUUCUAUAAAUGUAAAGACUGACUCAGCCUCUGCCAAGAAAAAGAGUAAAACAACCAGCAUGAUUACAAACUAUUUUCCUAAUACAGGAUCAAAAUCAUCGUCAUCUAAAGGUAAAAUUUAUGCCACACAAGCAGUAGAUAAAGCAGGCAAAAUUAAACCUCGAAGACAGUUAUUUGCUUCAUCAAGUAUUGAUGAAAAUAUAGACUUCCAAAGCCAUAUUGAAUACAAAAAUGACAGCGAGACACAAUGGAAAACACUUUUACCUCUACAUGUGAGCAGAGCUUGGUAUAAACAACAGGGAGAAACAUUCAUAAGUAACCGGGCCAGAUCAACUUUAAGAAGCAACAGCAUCAUAAUGGAUGGAAACAACAAAAUUGGUAUGCAGAGAUCCAAAACUGAAGGGAACUUAGUUAUGGCAAAUUUAGGGCUGGAAAAGAAGUUAAGUCAGGCACUACCUGAAUCACAAUCGCAUUCGCACCUGUCAGCUGUGAAAAAAGUUUGUGAAAAACUUAUAUAUGGAUCACCGAUUUUGUUAACUAAAACGGCUUCUGAAAUUUAUACAACGACAAAAAACAAACCACUUAACAUCAAACGCCAAAUCUCUCAGAAGAAAGCUUGUGAAACUUAUGAUAUUUUAUCAAAGUAUCUGCCUAUUAUGCAGCUUUAUUUCAAUGGAAAAGCUUAUCUGACAGAAGACAGAGGUAUGAAACUAGCGGCAGUUGUUGAAGAAAUCAAUGGAAUAAUAGGAUCACAAAACGAACAAAAAUUCAUUAAUGAACAUAUACAAAAUCAGAUUGGUAAAGUAUAUAAAAAUGCUUUAGACUACUUAGACUCUGAAAGAGAUCGGGAUACAAUUACCUUUCUCUUAACAAAAGUGACAAGUGUUAAUUUCAUGACUAAAUUAGAAGAUGUAAAAUCAAGAAAGCGAAUAACCAAAGCUAGAGAUAUUGUUCCACGGCAUUUAAAGAUUUAUGAAAAUAUAAUGAAGGAAUACAAAUUCAAAAAAGGUCUGAAUGACCAACAAAAACGAUGCAUUUUACACCGUGUAAAAGAACUAAAGAAAAAAGAAUUUUUGCGACAUCAUAUGACCGGCAGAGGACGACAGCUUAAAAGUGACCAAAAUCCAAAUCUUGUUCCUGUCUUAGAAUAUGAAUUUGGAGAAGGUGAUACGGAACAAAGAGGUGGAGGAGGAAUGGAGGCACAUUCACGACUUACUAAUACAAUUAAAUACAAGUCAGCAACUAACAGAACCAGAAUGUCUGAUGCCAGGGAAACUGUUUUGGCUGCAGGACCACCAGAUUUUAAUAUUUCUUUAUCAACUUGUUAUAACUAUACCCAAAAUUACAGGAAAGGAACUUACCAGGCAAAACAACAUCAUGAAGGCAAAAAUGUCAAUGCAAUGAUUUCACUUCACAGUGCACCAAAAACUGCUGUAGUCAAGGACACAGUUGUCAAUGCACAUUAUUGUUCUGCAAACAUCAAUUAUUUAGCAGAUAGUGCAGCAGAAAACACAGAUGAUACAUUUAUAGAUUCAAAGGAUGCUAAGGCAGCUGUCCGCUGUAACAAUUCCUUAGGUGGGAAGACCUGGGUUGUAUGUGAAGCACCAGAUCAUGACUGGGAUCAAAGCCGUACAAAUGCAAUUACACCAAUGGGUCAUCUCUUCCUGGAAACAAAAAUUAUGAAGACACUUCCAGAUAAUUUAUCACUUGAGCUGGAGGGUACCACUGAAAAAGUUUUACAUGUAACCAGAACAGGGAAAGCUGUCUAUCUCUUAAAUUUGUCUUUUUAUGAACCAGAAACUGUUUUCAGAUGCUUCAAUGAACUAUUUGUACUUUUGGCAGAACCAGCACUCGAUGAAUAUUUUAGAAACCCUAUCUCAGGGAGACUUAAAAGCUCUUUUGUAUUUGUUGUUGAUAAUGGACCUUCUGAAUGUCCGAGCAGUCCAUUAGUGAGAAUGUUACUUGCAAGAUUUCAACGGUUUUUAAAUCUAGACAGAGUUAUCCAAAUUUCAAAUGCUGAAUAUUACAGCAAGAGGAACUUUGUGGAAAUUGUUCAUGCAUCUGUCAAUCUACAUAUUCAGAGGCUGGGAAUUAUCAAAUCGUCAAGUAUAUUUAAAGAGCCAGAAGCUGGAACAAUAGAGCAUACAAAAAACAUGGAAGCUGUUGCUGAGGAAUUACAACAUGUUAUACAAAAUGCUUCAUUUGGUGGUAAAAAUAUUCAAUGCUUUAGAGGUGUCGGAGCAGACCAAACAUUUCUCUUCGAUGAUGAAAAUAAUUUAAGAAAUUUUUUGUCCUUGUCUGAACAAAGGAAAAUGGAGUCCAACCUUGGUUAUGGCGUUAAAAAGAACAAUCUGUCUGAAAUCUUACAUAUGACAUGGGGAUCCGGAGAUAAUUUCAUAGCUAAAUAUGCAGAUGAUUAUGCACGUCUUAAUAAUGAAUUUUGUGACAUGACAACAGCAUUUUCUGGCAAAUAUUUAACAGCAAUAUUUAGAUCGGAUGACAAUUGGAUUGGCAAUAAUUCAUCUAGGGCAAUCAUACAACCACUUCCAGAUUAUAUUAGGUAUAUCAGAACUGGAAGAUUGCAUUAUAUGUCUUAUGAAAUGCGAAAAUCCUUGGAAUGUGGGGUUUGGGACAACCAUCCUGAUAUUUUUCUCCCUGAGACAAUACUUGGUUUAGCAUUCAAGGUGAUUCCACAUUUGACUGCUGAUAUUUCGAACUCUUUGGCCUUACUGUCAUGGAUUACACAAACCGAGGUUGAAAACUACUUUCAUCAUCUGCGGAAGCAAAUGGAAAGAGAUCUGACAAACGAAAUAGAAAGAAAUAGAUGGCAGAACCAUGAACUCUUCCAAAAUACAAAGGCAGAAUUGGUACAAAUGUGUGCAGAUCAAAAGGUUCCUUCAACUGGAACAAAAGUUGAUUUAGUAAAAAAGUUGGCUGAAAAGUUGGAAAUUGAAGAACCAGAUAGGUCAACCUUUGAUGGAGAUUUAUCAACAAUUCCAGAUUCAAUUCAAGGUAUCCAUCGACUAAAUAUUGCAAAAAUAAAGGAGGUUUUAAAUUUUUUCCAAGUACCAACUCUUGGAACAAAAGACGAACUUUCCCUAAGGUUGUUAGCUUUACGCCUUGGUUCCAGAAACUUAAUUUUUCAAAAGGAAGCUGAAUUAAUUUUGGAUUUAAUUAAUAUUUCAAAACAACUAAUAUUUGCACAGAAGUCCCUCUACAUUUGCCAGGAAGAAUUCAUUCACCGCGAAAGAGCUUCCGGAGUUAGGGGAAAGCCAAGUUUGUCCUCACACAGACCAAGAAGAAAUGCUGGCAACUGUGGUGAGAAAAGAAAUUUAACAGAAGUUGAACUACCAUUUGGCAUUUCAGAAGAAAAUUUACAAGACAUUUUUGAAACCAUAGAAAGAUACAUCGAAAAAAUAACCUGUCAGAAAUCAAAGGAACAAGUGUCAAGUCAACGAGAUGUGAUAUGCCUACCAGGAAACAGAAUUUUAAUUUACUGGGGAGAUGAAGAGCUUGGAGCAUCCAACAGGAAAGCAGGUUGGUUUCCUGCUAAGGUUAUGAAGUAUGAGGAAUACAAAGAUGAAAUUACUGUGAAAUAUGUCAGUGAAAAAGAUAAAGAGUACAAAAUAAAUGUUGAUAAUGCAAUGAAAAGAAAAAUAAUCAAAAGCGCAAGGACUACUCUGAGCGAAAGUUCAAUUUAUGACAAAGUUAUAGAGGUUGGAUCUUCUAUUUUGAUAAAAUGGACCAAACAAGAAGCUGAGACUGCAAAAAUGAAUCCAGGUCGUUGGUAUGCUGCCGAAGUACAGGACUACUCUCCCGAAGAAGACACAAUUGCUGUUUAUUUACGAAAUAAUUCAAGCAUACAUACUCUAGAUGUAACAGAGAAGAUCGUCAGAGGGAAUAUCAAACUAUCAAAAGCUGUUAUCUAA